AAAUUAAGGCCACGCACGCGCCCACUGCUGGGACGAAACCACUUUUGACAAACUGCAACAACUGCUUUGCGUGUUUGUUUGUGGUGUCGGCAUUGUGUGAUCAGUUGUUGGGACAGGGGUCAGCUGCAGGUCGUGUGGACACUAAGGAAAACAUCAUUUAAAUGGUAACCAAUUACAAGUUGUGAAAAACUGUAACAUCUUGAAAUGUGAACAUUUUCUAGACACAGACAUCAACUUUAAUUAUGACAAUCAAAUGGAAUUUUCCUCAUAAGUUUGGGAAAAACAUUUUUUAGAGAACUGAUCAUUUUUCUACAAUCAGGAUCGAGAGCAAAAUACAGAAUGUCUUCCAAUAUAAUGUUAUACAAUAGGCUGUUGUUUUGACGUUAUUAACAUGACACGUUUUGCAAUAAAAACUGAAAAUAUAAUCAGGUCCAUAAGUGUUUUGACAGUGACUCUGUUCACUACUGCAAUGGAGCUGAACUGAAACAAGAUGUGCUUGUAGUGUACUCUGCUUUAAUCCAGUGCGACUCACAAAAAUAUUACAUUAACCAUAGAGAAAGUACAACCAUUAUCCUACACUGCAUCUCCAUUUUUAGAGUCCACAAGCAAUUGGACAAAGUAAAAUAUAAGGAUUAGUGUUCAUACAAAUUGUCACUUUUGCAGCCAGAUUUCCUUGCACGAGUCAGAGGAUGGAUACAUGAAUGUUUCCAUGUGAACAUGUCCUGGACUUCAUUUACACCAAUACACAAAGUAACAGUAAAAGAAGGCAUCUCAUGAAGGAAGCCACUAAGAUUCUCAUAAAAACUAAGAAGCAAUUGCGGGCUUCUGUGGAGAAACUGUGCGUAAAGCAACUUUUGUCUGUUGCAUCACCGGUCACAGCUUCAUGGUGACUUGUACAAAAUGACUUACAAAAAGUUCCUAUGUAUACGCUAAGAAAUAAAACAUUGAAUUUAAUUGAUAGAGUUAAGGUAACUUUUUCCACAUGACAUUGUCAAUUAAGCGCAAAACAAUAUUGUAGUUGAAAUUAAUUAAAUCAAAUGAAACAUUGUUACUUAAAUCCCUAAAAUUAACAAAUGCAAUAUUGAAAAUAAUAGUAUUAAUUACAUUUAAAAUCCCAUUUCUUAGAGUGUAGACUUGUGCCUUCUGGUGAACUGUACAACCCAUAGCAAUUUUCUAUCAACACAGAGGAAGCAUACUUUAAAUGUACUGAAAUUAUAAGGCAUCUUUGAGUAACUCAUUGCCCAGUCGAGUGUCCUGGUUUUUCGGUAGUCAAAAUGUAGUCACCCUACCUUUAAUGAUCAAGUCAACCAUUUGGAUAGAGCACAUUGAUAUCUAUAUAUUCGACUGAAAAAUGUGAGGAUUAAUGGGUUAAGAAAAUCCUUUUCUGUGCCUCUCUACCAUGACAGGCAAAAGUUGCACUGUAAACAGUUUCUCCAAUCACAGCCACAGAAGCUUAUACCUCCUUCCAACCCAGUCUCAUGCUUUUUUUUUAUUUGUGACGCCAUCACAAACUGGCGUGAGAGUGGGUUGCAUGGGUGUCUUGGUGGCUUCCCUCGGUCACCUCUUCAAAGUUUACUCAAAGAUACCUUAUAAUUUCAGUACAUUUGCUUCCUCUGUGUUGAUAGAAAAUUGUUCAACACAGUCUCAUGCUUUUUUAUUUGUGAUGCCAUCACAAACUGGUGUGAGAUCGGGUUGCAUGGGUGUCUUGGUGGCUUCCCUCGGUCACCUCUUCAAAGUUUACUCAAAGAUACCUUAUAAUUUCAGUACAUUUGCUUCCUCUGUGUUGAUAGAAAAUUGUUCAACACAGUCUCAUGCUUUUUUAUUUGUGAUGCCAUCACAAACUGGUGUGAGAUCGGGUUGCAUGGGUGUCUUGGUGGCUUCCCUCGGUCACCUCUUCAAAGUUUACUCAAAGAUACCUUAUAAUUUCAGUACAUUUGCUUCCUCUGUGUUGAUAGAAAAUUGUUCAACACAGUCUCAUGCUUUUUUAUUUGUGAUACCAUCACAAACUGGUGUGAGAUCGGGUUGCAUGGGUGUCUUGGUGGCUUCCCUCGGUCACCUCUUCAAAGUUUACUCAAAGAUACCUUAUAAUUUCAGUACAUUUGCUUCCUCUGUGUUGAUAGAAAAUUGUUCAACACAGUCUCAUGCUUUUUUAUUUGUGAUGCCAUCACAAACUGGUGUGAGAUCGGGUUGCAUGGGUGUCUUGGUGGCUUCCCUCGGUCACCUCUUCAAAGUUUACUCAAAGAUACCUUAUAAUUUCAGUACAUUUGCUUCCUCUGUGUUGAUAGAAAAUUGUUCAACACAGUCUCAUGCUUUUUUAUUUGUGAUGCCAUCACAAACCGGCGUGAGAGUGGGUUGCAUGGGUGUCUUGGUGGCUUCCCUCGGUCACCUCUUCAAAAUUUACUCAAAGAUACCUUAUAAUUUCAGUACAUUUGCUUCCUCUGUGUUGAUAGAAAAUUGCUCAACACAGUCUCAUGCUUUUUUAUUUGUGAUGCCAUCACAAACUGGCGUGAGAGUGGGUUGCAUGGGUGUCUUGGUGGCUUCCCUCAGUCACCUCUUUUUGAGAACUGCCUACUCCAGAUUACAUUUACAAUACAAUACCAAUGUAUCUAUAGUUUUUAAAGGGCAUCCAAAACAUAAUCACCAACUUGGAAAUGUUCAUGUAUGCACCUUCUGACUGCUGUAAAAGUGAUGCUGUGUAUCAUCAAUCAUCUUUAUGUUGAGUUUCUCCACUUACUUAUUGCUUUUGUUUUCUAAACGUUUAUUGUGAUAUUUUUUUGGUUAAACCUCUUGAAUUAAUGCUAAAAGUUGACAAAGAUUACAAACAAAUGUGUCAAUGUCCUAAUACCUUUGGACCUGACCAUGCAUUUCUUUCUGCAAUAGUUAUGUAAGUUAUACUGAUCAGAAUGGUCGACUGUG